CUCAGUAAGAGUUUGCCUUCUCAAAAAAUGAAAAGGUCAAGUCCAAAUAUGAAAAGUCAAAGAUUUUUUAUACGUCUGUGUGCAUCAUAGGACCAGAAAGAAUGUUUUCUGAAAAGGCAAGAAAUUGGCUGAAGCAGUGGAACAGAUACACAGACACACAUAAUUGUAUAGGGAAUCAUGAUCUUUUUUUACUAUGCUUCCAGAACUAUGUAAUUGUUGCAGGACAAGAACCAUUUUUAGUGUUUAACAAUUAAAUCUACCUACUGCAACUUUAAUUUAGCAAUAUCCUUUAACCUGUUCAGAUGUUUUGGCAUUGAAAAUGUGUGCUACAGCUAAAUGUUUCACAUACACAGGAGCCAGGUGACAUGAUUGAGAUCAUCCGAGAUACAUUCAGUCACUGGGCACUGUAUGUCGGAAAUGGAUACGUUCUUCACCUCACAACAGAUGGUGAUUCUUCUACAGCUGUCACCUCUGCCAUUGGAACUAGGAUUGGAUUAUCUGCUACGGGGAAUGCUAUUGUGAGGAAGCAGAGGCUCAGUGAAGUAGCCUUACAUGGCAAAUGGUUGGUGGACAACUACCUGGAUGAAAUGUGCAAGCCAAAAUCCCAAGAUGUCAUCCUGGAUGAGGCAGAGCUCCUGGUUGACCAGGAGAUACCCUAUGACCUCCUCACCAACAACUGUGAGCAUUUGAUCACCAAUCUGCGCUAUGGCAAACCAGAAUCCAGGCAGGUCCAGAAAUAUCAAGAUGGUGUGAUUCUUCUUUUGGGGUGUUGGGUAUUAUUUUCUUUCUGAUACGCAUUUUACUACAGGGAAUUUACUUUAGGAAAAUGAUUGAACUAAUUUGUAAUAAUUCGGGAAGUGCAUUGAACUCCUGAUUUGAAAAGUUGAAAUGACUUACCCAUAUGCGGUGAAGUGACUGAAGAGUAUAAAGUAAGACAAAUGAAUACAUAAUGUUCUGCCCAUAAUAUGUUUUAUGUGUUUUGGUGAUUGAAGUUAAAUUGUUUGUAUAGGACUUUUAUUUUGACGCCCACGAGAUCGGGAAGCAAUGGAAAUUUGGAACACACAAACAUCGUUCACAUAGCAACACUGUCAACUGUCACAGCAAACUCAAGUUUAACGUAUUUUUAUCUGUCUUUGAAUCUCAUAGAAAGCAAUGACUGUAAGUUUUACAUAAUCGUAAUGUAUGUUAUUUAAUUACAAUGAGUUGUGAUAACUUUGAUGAUGUUUUAAAUAGUCAAAUAAAUCGCUGCAACUGCACAACACUACUGUUGUUUACGUUAGCAUGUUAGCUAAUUAUUGUCCGUUAUGUUAAUUAUAAUAAUAAUUAUUUAUUUUAUUUGUAAUGCACUCUUCAUUCAAAAGCAUCUCAAUGUUGUAUUUUAUAAUUCAGCACUUUUUCCACUUUCUGUUUUUAUUUCUAGUUUCACUCCAUUCAAUGUUGUCAAUAAAGGAGCAA